AUGUUGGGAGACAAGGCUCACGGCGUGACUUUAAAGGUGAUGGAAUACACAUACGACGAUGACCUGGACGAGCUGUGUCCUGUGUGCGGAGACAAAGUGUCAGGAUAUCACUAUGGUCUGCUCACCUGCGAAAGCUGCAAGGGCUUCUUUAAACGGACGGUGCAGAAUAAUAAGAGGUACACAUGUGCGGAAAACCAGGAGUGUAAGAUAGACAAGACCCAGAGGAAGAGGUGUCCAUUCUGCCGCUUUCAAAAAUGCCUCAGCGUCGGGAUGCGCCUAGAAGCUGUGCGUGCAGAUCGCAUGCGUGGUGGGAGGAACAAGUUUGGCCCCAUGUACAAGAGAGACAGGGCCUUAAAGCAGCAGAAAAAGGCGUUGAUACGAUCCAAUGGGUUCAAGAUGGAGACCUCAGUCCCUCCACCAGCCUCCCCUAUGCAGACUGACUACAGCUUUACUGGCACCCUACACGCUCUGCCCACCAUCUCUAAAAGUCUGCUGCCCUCCACUCCGAUCUCCAUCAACUCCACAGACUACGAGGCCAACCUCUAUGGACCUACAUCACUGGGCAUGACCAUGCAGUCUCAUGUUCCCAUUACACCACAGUAUCAGUACACAGCAUUCCCCAACAGGGCAAUUAAAGCUGAGUGCCCUGACUACACCAGCUCCCCCGAAUCCAUUACAGGAUACCCAUAUCCAGAGGUGUACCCCUCAGCCUCUCCACACCCGCCCAGCCUGCCACCACUGGUGCUGGAGCUGCUCAGCUGCGACCCAGACGAGUUGGUGGUGCAAAACAAGAUUGUGGCUCAUCUGCAGCAGGAGCAGAGCGGAAGGGGCCGAACUGACAAACCCAGCACCUUCAGCCUGAUGUGCCGCAUGGCGGAUCAGACCCUCUUCUCCAUAGUGGAGUGGGCUCGGAGUUGCAUCUUCUUCAAGGAGCUGAGGGUGGGAGAUCAAAUGAAGCUGCUGCACAACUGCUGGUCUGAACUUCUGAUCCUGGAUCACAUUUUCAGACAAGUUCAACAUGGAAAGGAAGACAGUAUCCUGCUGGUGACUGGCCAAGAGAUUGAACUUUCAUCUAUUUUGUCGCAAGGAGAGACAACUCUGUCCAGUCUGGUCCAGAGAGGUCAGGAGCUUGCAGCAAGGUUGCAGGUGCUGCAGGUCGAUCGCAGGGAGAUGGCUUGUCUCAAGUUUCUCCUUCUGUUUAAUCCCAAUGUAAAACUACUGGAGAACCAGGCAUUUGUAGAGGGCGUGCAGGAGCAGGUGAACUCAGCUCUCCUUGAAUACACCCUGUCCACCUACCCUCAGUUUCAGGAUAAGUUCAGCCAGCUGGUUGUGCAGCUGCCCGAGCUGCGCUCCCUCAGCACGCAGGCUGAGGACUACCUUUGCUACAUGCAUCUGAACGGAGAGGUAACCUGCAACAACCUGCUCAUCGAGAUGUUGCACGCCAAGAGAGCGUGUGUGUGAAGAACAAGCAUGCAGAAAUGUUCUACCACCAAGUGUUAAAUUGUGCGAGACUGUGCGUGCGCAAGUAAGACAGAAUGUGUGUGGACAUAAAAAAAAAAGUUUUCACACUGGGUCAUCUUUGUUAAGGCUUUUCCUAAGGUCGGAGGGCAAAAAAGAUGUUUCAGAGUUUGAAUGUUUCCAUUUUCAUAUCCUGCACAGCUACUUUAACAUGACCUUAAAACUGGAUUUCCUCUCUGAAAACAUCUGAAAUUGGGUUUAUAGGGGAAUUUAGAUUCUUUUUCAUUAAACAUAAAUAAGACCAGUUUAAGAGUACAGUCAAGUUAUUGUAUAUACCAUGGAGCUGCAGAGGUGAUGUCUACAGGGACCUAAAACUAAAUUCCCAUUGACACACUGAACCUGACUUCUAGCUGUGAAAUGUUCCACUGAGGGGCGAUGGGAGGACUGCCUGUUUGUCAGGCUUUUUUUUUACAUCCCAGUUUGAUGCCUUCUUAUAGAAAUCACAUUUGUGCUGCCUGCAACAAGAUCUUCUGUAAAGAAGUUUGUUUUAGGUGCAAGACUGGAAGUAGAACAUUCUAUUUAAAUAGAAAAGACUUUAUAAUUAUUGUUGUAUAAAUUAUAAUGCAUCAAGGAUUUCAGUGAGGUGCUGAUCAACAUGACAAUCAAAAAUCUAACUGUCAUACUCCUCACUUCCAUGAGCGCUUUUUGAACUUUAUAGAAACGUCCCCCUCUUAGGGUUAAUAAAACCUAUAAAUGUCUGAAGGCUGUGAAAUAAGGAUAUUUACCAAAGUUAAAACAACAACCACUGAAGCU